GUUAUUGCACAUGACAACGUCAAUUUAAUUGAGAUCAAUAUAUUUUAAUGAAGCUUGUUUAUAAGAAAAUAUGGCUGUUUCAGACAGAUUCAAAUGCAUAACUGGUAUUCUAGAUUUUAUAUAUGUCAAUUUUAAUUCGGUAAAUUACACAACUAAUUCACCCACUUUUUCUUAUAUAAUUAAUCAUGCAUAUCUUAGUGUUUUCUUGUCUACUAAAUCUUCUAAAACGGCAUAUGCUUCUGUUGAGAUUCCUAAUUAUCUAGUGCACAACUGCACGCUUAUUCUUCAUUUGAUCCUCUAUUGAUUUUCAUAUUUUUCUUAGCCAAGUUGAAAAUGAAAGAUCAACACCCUUGACUUUAUAUUAUAUACUUCCCCUCUAGGUUUGAUUAAUUUGAUGGAGACUAAUUAUAUAGAAGCUCAAUCAAAUAUGCUUUGAUAGAGAAAUUAACAGCAGGCAAUAUAUAUUAUAACUAGUGGAGUGCUUGAUUGGUGGAUUUUGAAGAAGUCUAAAUAAAAUUAGAUUAUAAAAAUAUGAAUGUAGAGUAUUAGUUAUAUGAUGAAUUUCUCCUAUAAAAAGCAGUGAUACGAUGCUAAGUUUUCCAUCACAACAACAAUAUAUCAUCAAACAUACGAAGAUGGCUUUUCUUUUAUGCGCCAUUGUUCUUGUUUCUUCAUGGGCUUCGAUGACAUAUGCUUCCGAUCCCGGCCAGCUUCAGGAUUUCUGCGUUGCUGUUCCCGAUUCCAGCUCUGCAGUUUUUGUGAACGGGAAGUUUUGCAAGAACCCGACCAUGGUGGUCGCGGAUGAUUUCCUCAGACAGGGUCUAAACAAGGCCGGAAACACAUCCAAUCAGGUUGGAUCGGCCGUGACCGCAGUCAACGUUAACCAGCUUCCCGGGCUCAACACUCUAGGCGUUUCCCUGGCUCGCCUCGACUUCGCCCCAUACGGGAUCAACCCACCCCACACCCACCCCCGUGCAACCGAAGCCUUCCUCUUGAUGGAAGGCACUCUUUAUGUGGGCUUCGUCACUUCCAACCCAGCCGAUCCGGCCCAGAAGAACAAGCUCUUUACCAAAUAUUUGUACCCCGGAGAUGUCUUCGUCUUCCCACAAGGUCUCAUCCACUUUCAGUUGAACGUUGGAAAGACCAACGCCGUUGCAUUUGCUGGCUUCGGCAGCCAGAACCCAGGUACCAUCACCAUUGCCAAUGCGGUGUUCGGGUCGGACCCCAAGAUCAACCCAGAUGUGCUGGCCAAGGCUUUCCGGGUUGAGAAGAACAUUAUCGAUUACAUUCAGGCACAGUUCAACUAA